AUGGAGUUUAAUUCGACCAAGUGUAAAGUGAUGUGCAUUACAACUAAAAAGAAUAUCAUAAAGAAACAGUAUAUGUUCUGUGGCCAAAUACUGGAAGAAGUCGAAAGCCAUCCAUAUCUCGGGGUGAUGUUUGAUAAUAAAAUGAAAUGGUCAUCUCAUAUAUCUAACACCACUCGGAAGGCAAAUGUCGUAUUACAUGUUAUCAAGCGGAACCUAUGGAAUUGUCCAAGAGAUGUCAAGGAAGUUGCUUAUAAAAGUCUUGUAAGACCAACGCUUAAAUAUGCGUCUACAGCAUGGGACCCUUACUAUAAGAAAGAUGUUGCUGCUGUUGAAAGAGUUCAGAGAUCAGCGACACGAUUCU